AUGUCGUUCGACGGUUCUGGAUCCAGCUCCAGCUGUGGCUCUAGGGGUCUUCGUUCGUCCGCUGCACGCGCCGACUCGCCUACUUUGCCUCCGUUUAGUAUCCCUGAGGGCGAACGUCGUCUUUUUGAUGAAGUGGCUGGAGAGCACGAUCACCACACAACUAUCAACGAUGACGAGGAGCCGCAGGUUGGAGAAAGUCUGCAAGAGGCCAUCGAGACUACCAUCCAAAGCCCUGCCCUCAGCGAGCCUGAGACCGUUCUCUUAAUUCGUUCUCGGUCUCAUUCUCGUUCACCCAGUGUUCCCACCGAACCUUUCCCCAACCUCAACGAUUCCGAGGCCCAUCCUCCCCCGGAUGAGUAUUGGGCACAAGAGCGGGCUUACGAUUACGCUCUAGGAAAGGUAGGAGCGGAAGACCGACGGUACAGAGAGGUCAAUGACUGUAUAGCUGCGCUCCGUGGCUCUCUAUCGUCGGUUGAAGAAGACAGUACCCAUAUGACGGUGUUGGAAGGUGUCCAUCCAUGCCCCGAAGUAACUCAUUACGACCAUUUCUGUGCCCAUCAUGAGACUCACAAGCAAACGCUCUGGACCAAGGUCAAUAAUUUCCUCAACUCGAACGAGGAGCUUCCAGACACUUUUAGACGACGCUUCCUCUUAAUUUGCGCCAUGAUUGCUGAUAUGGAGGUCAUUUUCUUUCGUGGAAAGGAAUUUCCCAGUGACCCUAUACGGCUUAUUUCUAUCGACGAACUUAAUAGAACUCUGCGGCAGGCACGUGAAAUCCACCAAGAAGUUGUUGAUGUGCACUUCCUCAUCAAUCACGAGAAGGAGAAUGCAGAGCGUACUCGUUACUAUGUGGCUCAGGUGGCGGCUGAGCGUGGACUCACCCUGGUCGGCCGCUUCCAGCGCAUGUCCCUGCUCAUUACACACUACCUAAAGCGCGUCCGCCACGCGGAGCAGAGCUUUUUCGAGCUGCUCCUUCAGUUUUACGAUGUUUAUUUCUAUGAGGAUUUUCACGUCAUGUACAACAACUUCCGAGUCGAGCAGAGCAUGCACGGAGUCCCUCGCCGACUACAGCAGACCUCGCACACUCUAACUGCCAUCUAUCAGAUGCUUGCACUCAUGGCUCAGGAGUACAAGGAGCUUGGCGAGAUCAAUGCCGAUAUUGGAAAAACCUACUUAACCCCAGUUCUGAAAGAGCUUUCUGAUGGACCCUGCAUCUGCACCGAUAUUUUUUACUGCGCACCCUCCGCGGUAGAAGGUCAGGAUCCGGAAGUGCCUCCUCAUCAUCAGCACUGCCCCCGUAACAAUAACGGGGAAGCUGAAUCUCAACGAGACCUGGCAUCCAGUGGCGAUGGUUCUUCCGCUGACCCUCAGUGUUAUCUUACACGGCACGUUUUUGAGCAGUGGCUUUCCUGUGAGGUUCCAUCCGAGUCUCGUUCCGAGCUUCGUCGGGUUGAAAGCACUCAACUCUCAACCCCUUCCCCCGAUCACAAUCACACCCAGUCCGAUCACGUUGGCCUUGCUGGUCAACCUGCCAUAGUCCAGUCUACUGAGGACCAUGAUGUCCAUGAUCAGGAGAUACCCUCGCAGGCUUCCGAGAGUGUCGCGGCCCAGGUUUCCAUCUUCAAGGAUAAAUCUGUCGAGCACUCCCAGAGUGGUUCUUUACAAGAAUCUGAAACCGAAUAUGCCCCGGCUGAGGCCAUGUCUAGUGCUGAGUUUGUGAACUACUAUGCGCGCGUCAAUCACGCCAACCAGAGCAGCCAGAGUGACCUUUCCCACACUUCCAUUGAGGCCCAGGCAGUUGGCUACUCUCCCUAUGAUGUUCCACUUCCUAAUGGCCUUCCUACCAUCCAACAGACUCAGCAACUCGAGAGCGACAUAUAUCACAGGCUAGGCGUUCCAAACACCCUAGAUGACAGCAACCAUACUUUGGCCGAAUACCACGAGGAAAAAUCCCCCGAGCAAAGUCUCAAUAGCGAGUUCGACCUUCUUGAUUUGAACUCUUCAGAUGGCGAUUGGCUUCCUUACGACCACGACGCUGACAGCCCGGAAGAGAGCGAGAAAUCCUUCGCUUACCACGCUCAACGCAGAAACGCCGGCAUGGCACACUUUGACAUGGACUUCACCACCCUUGGCAACCGUCUCGAGCAAAUGGCUUCAGCCUACACCUACGAAAACAACAAUUACAGCCACCCCAGACUCCCUGCAGACUUUCGUUUUCGCGACGAGACCCCCAUUCCAUCUACUCCUGUUCACUACAAUGCCGAGAUCCACAGAGAUUACACGGCUCCUAACAUCUUUGACAAUCACGCCCGUUAUCGCCAUAACCUCGAGACUGGACCCGUCUUUGGUUACACUGAAGCCCACGGCUCCUCGCUCUCCUCGGACGUCGCACAUCCUAAUCUCCCACGGGACGAGUCAGGCCUACGUAAUGGCGGCAUUCUUCGUGAAGACGGCACUUAUUCUCCCCUCCUCCCUCCAUACACCGAGGCUGCCCCGGAGCCGCGGUACGUUUCGCACCCUGCUGACUUCCACGUUCCCAGACCUGGACGCCGUGGUGCGCGCUAUUCUUGGCGUAGGUAG